CUUUCAUCCUGUUUGAAAACAGCCAAUAGCGUCGUGUCGCCGAGCUGGGCUUGCAUGUAGCCACAUUUUGUGACCCUAGCUAGUUCGGAUAAAGGUCCAGUCAGCACUCACCCUGCAUCUCCGCCCACCCCAAGUUUGUAGCUCCAAAUCAUGGCGGCCCUCAAAGCUUUGUGCAGAGCGGAAAAUAUACUCUUGAAAACCCACCACAGAACCAAAAUAAACUUCGCCAUCCACCAAUUGAGCAAGACCUGUGGCUCUUACUUUUCCACAUCAAGUCAGAAAAAUUCAAAGUUCUACUCAGAUCCUGUAGAAGCAGUUAAAGAUAUCCAUAAUGGAGCUACCAUUCUUGUGGGAGGCUUUGGAUUAUGCGGAAUUCCGGAGAAUCUCAUCAACAGUUUACUGAAGACUGGCGUUAAGGGCAUCACUGCAGUCAGUAACAAUGCAGGAGUGGAUAACUUUGGCCUGGGCCUGCUGCUCCAGACUAAGCAGAUCAAGAGGAUGAUCUCCUCAUAUUUUUUAACAAACAUGCUCUGGACAUGUAUCUGGAUUUCUCUUGUACUCCUCUCAUAA